AUGGCGUUGAUGUCUCGGGUUAAGAGUAUAGACCCGGCAGUAGCCUCUGUUAACUUACGGAUCGUGCCCGUUCCGCUUCCCGUUCCACUUGACGUCACCGGUCAGCUCAUCGGUCAGCUGGGCUCCGUUCACUUUCUUCAAGCUACGACCUUCUUUUCAAAACGUUAUGAGAAAUUCUCAAGAUCUCUACUCCAAAUAUCCCAAACCUCACUAAACGGACACUUGCUGCCCAUUAUGGACCCGGAUUACAACUUUGAGAAUGCUGAACCUGAAGCUAUCGCGCUUUGUGAAGGAUCAGAAGCAGUACUGAGGAAUUCAGAGUCUACCAGACGAAACUGA